AUGGCACCCAACGGUGAGGCUCAUGUGAAUGGCAGCGCCCACUUUGAGGGUCCUGAUAUAUAUGGCGCACGCUCGGUGGCUGAAAUCAGAUCCGCCCUUGCUCAUCUCCACCACAAAGAGGCCUCGGUCACGACUCGCCUGGACAGUCUUGUGGCAGCACAGAAGGAUUUGCAAAGGGAGCUGGGAAGACUGGAUAUAUUUCGAGCCAAUCUCAGCACCCAGGCUUCCAAAACUCGAUCCAUCAGCAAUGGCAUGCUCUCAGAUGCUGCAUCGACGGCCAACAGAAUCUCGAGUUCGGUGAAGAGAUUGGACCUCGAGCAGGAGCGCGUAAAAGCCACUCUGACCGUCGUUGAGCAGGUGGCAGAACUCAAAGCAUGCGUACUUGGAGUGUCGGGCUCUAUGGGGGCCGCACAGGACUGGGAGACCGCAGCGAGUUAUCUGAGCCGGGCUUCCAAGAUCCCAAAGGAGGUCAUCAACGGUGAAUUUGCUAGUCGCAUUGUACCUACGGCAGAGGUGCCCGACUCACCAGCAACGACGCUUGAAAAUGCUUCGGAGUCACUGUGCACGCUGUUCUUGAGAGAGUUCGACAAGGCUGUCCAAGAGAACGACGGUGGCAAGAUCACCCGCUUUUUCAAGCUUUUCCCAUUGAUAAACAGAUCCGAAGUCGGCCUCAAUGUCUAUGGACGAUACGUAUGCCAGGGUGUGGCAGCACGUGCGAGGACCAACAUGAACGCCGGCACUGGCGGGAAUCAGAGCAAGGAUGGCUUCUUCUAUGCCAAUGCUCUCACGAAACUUUUCGAGCAUAUCGCUUCUAUUAUCGAGGGCCACGGUGGUCUUGUCGAGCGGCACUACGGCGCUGGGAAGAUGACCAAAGUUAUUGAGCGGCUGCAGGUUGAAGCCGAUCUGCAGGGCGGCAUCAUCCUUGACUCCUGGGGCGAUGAGAGGAGAAUAGACCGUCAGCUCACCGACAUCCGAGCAUAUCCUUUCACGUUCCUCGUACAGAGCUUCGCCGCUCCCGUAACAAGAAAUGCAAUGAGCACGCCGCGGUCCAACUCGCCUGCGCCAGCUCGAGUAAGCGAAGACGAAGGGGUCGACAUGAAGCAAGUCGACUCUCUCCUGAAUGAGAUGACUUCUAUGCUCAACAAGUGGUCGCUUUACACACGCUUCGUCACCGAAAAAUGCAAGUCACCAGACGCCAACAACGAUACUGCAGAAGAACCACCAUUCCUCAUCAAUUCCGCCCUCGCACGCAAGAUUCAAGACCGCAUUAUCACCCCUUUCAACACAAUGACCACUUUCUUCUUCCGCCGCUCUGUCGAGAAAGCCUUCCAGCUAGAUGAGCAACCCAGCGACCUCACUCUCGACCCUCGCAAAUCUCUCUCUUCCAAUCCACCCCACAUCACCUCCGCCAUCGAGGACAUCAUGUACAUUGUCAACAAGGUCUUGACACAGUCCCUGACCACCGCACAAACCGCCAUCAUCUCCUCCGUCCUCCCUUCGAUCUCCCGUGUGUUAGGUUCCGACUUCAUCGGCAUGCAGCAGCGCAAGAUGCGCGACGAAUCCUACCCUAAAGCUGCCAUACCCGGCCAACUCCCACCCGAGGCCACCAUCGUCGCCUUUCUCGUCCUCAUCAACAACCUCGAUGUCUCCACCACGUACAUCUCGCAAAUCAUCACCUCGCGCCUCAAUCCCACCGCGCAGAGCACCAAUCUCCUAACCACCCUCUUCCCCACCCCCGCCUCCCUCACCCUCGUCACCACCCACCUCACCUCCCUGCAAACCACCUUCUCCGACAAAACCUCCACCCUCCUCACCGACAGUACCUCGGUCCUCUUCAACAACGUCCUUAAGCCGCGCCUGCGGCCCAUCCUAAUGGACGCUUUCCGCGACACCUCGUACGACCUCCACGCCUCAGAACGGGCCGACCACCACGCCGCGCUCGCCGACGCAGGUAUCGAGCUCGACGACGACGCCCACGACCCGGGCGUCCGCCAGCGCUUCGCCCACGGCUGGGACGCCCUCACCAAGCCCCUGGGCCGGCUGCUGACCGAGCACACCUUCGACAUGCUCCUCGCCACCACGGUGUCGUACCUCGCCAAACUGCUCGAGAAGCGCAUCUGGACGUACAGCGGGCGCGUGAACGCCGCGGGCGCCCAGCGCCUGGAGCACGACGUCAAUGAGGUGGUGCGCUGUGUGGUGCGGGGCCAAAAGUGGCGGUUUCGCGACGAGUUUGAGCGCUGUCGGCAGAUUUGUGUGGUCAUGACUAUGGAGGAGGAGGAGUGGGAGGAGUGUGUGAGAGAGGAUGGUGGCGAGGGGGUAGCGGAAAGGUUAACGGCUGAAGAGAGGGAGAGGGCGAGGAGCUUGGUGAAGGAGGGGGACUAG